CUGCCCAGUGCCAAGCCAUGACUAUCACCUACACAAACAAAGUAGCCGACGCCCGCCUCGGUUCCUUUUCCUGCCUCCUCCUGUGCUGGCGUGGCAGCAUCUACAAGCUGCUGUAUGGAGAAUUUCUCAUCUUCAUGUUCCUCUACUAUGCCAUCCGCGGAGUCUAUAGAAUGGCUCUCUCGGAUGAACAGCAGCUGCUCUUUGAGAAGCUGGCUCUGUACUGCGACAACUACAUUCAGCUCAUCCCUAUAUCCUUUGUUCUGGGUUUCUAUGUGACAUUGGUGGUGAGCCGCUGGUGGAGCCAGUACGAGAGCUUGCCGUGGCCCGACCGCCUAAUGAGCCAGGUGUCCGGCUUCGUGGAGGGAAAGGACAAGCAAGGCCGGCUGCUGCGGCGCACGCUCAUCCGCUAUGUCAUCCUGGGCCAAGUGCUCAUCCUGCGCAGCGUCAGCACUGCUGUCUACAAGCGCUUUCCCAGUCUUCGUCACCUGGUGCAAGCGGGCUUUAUGACCCCUGGGGAGUAUAAGCAUUUGCAGAAGUCGGGCCUACCACACAACACAUACUGGGUGCCCUGGGUGUGGUUUAGCAACCUGUCGAUGAAGGCCUAUGUUGGAGGUCGAAUCCGGAACUCUGUCCUGCUUCAGAGCCUGAUAAACGAGAUGUGCACCUUGCGCACUCAGUGUGGACAGUUGUAUGCCUACGACUGGAUCAGUAUCCCACUGGUAUACACACAGGUGGUGACAGUGGCUGUAUACAGCUUUUUCCUUGCGUGCUUGGUCGGGCGGCAGUUUCUGAACCCAGCCAAGAACUACCCAGGCCAUGAGAUGGACCUCGUGGUGCCUGUCUUCACAAUCCUGCAGUUCUUAUUCUACAUGGGCUGGCUGAAAGUGGCUGAGCAGCUCAUCAACCCCUUCGGUGAGGAUGAUGAUGAUUUUGAGACCAACUGGAUCAUUGACAGGAACCUGCAGGUGUCCCUGUUGUCUGUGGAUGAGAUGCACCAGGACUUGCCUCCCAUGGAGCGUGACAUGUACUGGAAUGAGGUAGAGCCUCAGCCACCCUACACGGCGGCCUCUGCCCAGUCUCGUCGGCCUUCCUUCUUGGGCUCCACCUUUAACAUCAGCCUUCAGAAAGAAGACAUGGAGUUUCAACCGAAUGAAGAUGACGACGAUGAUAAGGCGAACAAUCACAAUGACAUCAUUGGACGCUUCCUGGGCCUACAGUCCCAUGACCACCAUCCUCCCAGGACAGACUCACAGACCAAACUAUUGUGGUCCCCAAAAGAAGCCCACCAUAAGAAUGCCAGGAAGAACCCUAGGGACCAGGAAGAUAAUGCCUGGAAACUUAAGGGUCUGGAUGUCUUCAGGGCUACUCCACUGUUUGAGAGGCCAGGCUACCACAGUGCCCCACAGACACCCCUCAGCCACACUACUAUGGUCUUCCCUCCUGAGCAGUCAGCACCCUCCAAGCUUUACUUAGUCACAGGUGAUGAGGCUUCCGCAGAGCACCAAGAGGUUGGUCAAAUGAAGAAGAAAACUGUGGAGUUUAACUUGAACAUUCCAGAGAGCCCCACAGAACAACCUAGAGAACCCCACUUGGACCAGUUGUCAACCAACAUACACACUAUACUGAAGGAGCGUGUAGAGCCCCCUCCCAACUUGGAAACCAGGUUUGUAUGCCCCACACCCUUGAUUCCAGUUCUGAGUCUACCCAUCAUACCCCACAAUUUCCCAAGAUUCCGUUCUUGCUGAUAUAUAGAGGGAAACUUAUGUCCCUACACCAGCUGGGGGUUAGUAGCAGCCAACUUGGCAAGAACAUGUGAUGGGAGGCCUUUUACUCAGUUCA